CGGUGCGGGGAUGCGCGGGGGGCGAGGCGGGGCGGGGUGGAGGCGGCAGCUCCUGUCCCCUUCCGCUCUCCCGGCCGGCGGCAGGAUCUGCAGAUGGGAGGGAAAGCUGAGGAGCUGAACAUGAGACUGAAGACUUCUGUGUAGACCCUGAUGCUGAGUGAACACGGAUGAAAAUGCUUCCUGGAGUGGGUGUGUUUGGGACUGGCAGCACUGCCCGGGUGCUGGUGCCCUUGCUGAGAGCAGAAGGCUUCUCCGUGGAGGCACUUUGGGGCAAGACAGAAGAGGAAGCCAAACAGCUUGCAGAGGAAAUGAACAUCUCCUUCUACACCAGUCGGACUGAUGAUGUCCUGCUGCACCAGGAUGUGGAUUUGGUUUGCAUCAACAUUCCCCCCCUGACCCGGCAGAUCGCUGUCAAGGCUCUAGGAAUAGGGAAGAACGUGAUCUGUGAGAAAGCUGCUACCUCUGUGGAUGCCUUCAGGAUGGUCACAGCUGCCAGGUACUACCCCAAGCUGAUGAGCAUCGUUGGCAACGUUCUGCGUUUCCUGCCCACCUUUGUGAAGAUGAAGCAGCUGGUGGAAGAGCACUACGUGGGCAAGGUGAUGGUCUGUGACGUGCGAGUCUAUGGGGGCAGCCUGCUCAGCCACAAGUACAACUGGAUCUGUGACGAGCUGAUGGGGGGAGGUGGUCUGCACACCAUGGGCACCUACAUCAUCGACCUCCUCACUCACAUCACCAGCAGGAGAGCAGAGAAGGUCCAUGGCUUGCUCAAGACUUUUGUGAAGCAGAACACAGCUAUAAGUGGGAUCCGCCACGUCACGAGCGAUGACUUCUGCUUUUUUCAGAUGCUGAUGAGUGAGGGUGUCUGUUGUACUGUGACUCUCAACUUCAACAUGCCCGGGUCCUUCAUCCAUGAAGUCAUGGUUGUUGGGUCUGCCGGCCGCCUCAUAGCUCGUGGGACAGACUUGUUUGGGCAGAAGAACACUGCACUUGAAGAAGAACAGCUGUUUACAGACUCUCUGACUGUCAUGGAGGGCCUCUUGGACAAGGGGUUUAAGGACAUCCCUCUGCUCUACCUGAAGGGAAUGGUGUACAUGGUCCGAGCAUUGCGUCAGUCUUUUCAAGACCAGGAAGACCACCGGACAUGGGACCAUGAGCCCGUCCGCAUGGCAGCCUCUUUUGAAGAUGGGCUGUACAUGCAGAGCGUGGUGGAGGCCAUCAAGAAAUCCAGCAGAUCAGGAGAGUGGGAGGUGGUGAAGGUGAUGACUGAGGAACCAGAUGCCAAUCAGAACCUCUGCGAGGCCCUUCAGAGAAAUAACCUGUGAACAUCCUGUUUGGGGAGGCUGCAGUUCACACUUCUGGCUGUGAUGUAAAAAACUUCUCUAUUUUUAAGAUAUGUAGGUUCUUAUUUAAUAACCUGAGCUCCUUGGUUUUUUUAAACUUGUAAAAUGUGUCAUGCUACGAUAGAAGCUGUUCUGAUUUAAAUUGUUUAAAGAGUUUUAAAUGUUUCUGGGUUUGCAAAUGUUUAAUUUUUGUUUUGGAGACUGGUAGGAAAACUUGAAUUGCCCUUUGCACUUGCAGUAGCUGAAGUGACACUUGGGAUCUCUGCCCUUGCAUGGCUCAGAACUGGGACACAACUCCUCUUGCACAGGUUGCUUAUUUAUUUUAAAAUGAGAGCAUGCAGAGCAAGAUCAGGGAGUAUUUGUUAUUCAGAUGCAUUUUCAUUCUCUCUUGGAGACUAAGUUUUACUCGACAGUUUGUAAAAUUUUAUAAAAGGGUUUAGUGAUGUAAGGGGCCUUUAAACUCCUAUAGGACAAAAAAUAGAAGGAACAGAUUAAAGCUUGUAACAUAAGGAACAGCCUUUUGGCUUCCUGCAGGUGACAAAAGUCUUUCAAAGUAAUUUAAAUUAAUAUUUUAUUUAAAAGAUUAUAGGAAUUUUCUGUUGAUGGUGUCUUGGCAGGAAAAUGUUAAGGAAUUCUGUGAUGAUUUAUGCAAUUCCACCCUAUCUGUAGACAUUAUUCCUUCUACUCAAGAGGCUGCCUGCAUCCAGCAGCUUUUUUCUCUAAGUUCUGUGUCUGUCAGUUGUGUUUACUGCCUGGCAGCACCACCACGUUCUCACUUCUGUGACUGGUUACAAAUCCCUCUGGGGGUCCCAGGGUUUCCAAGGUGUUGCUGGUGACCAAGUUGUUCAGCAUUAACCUCUGGGGGACCUUCAGGUGGGAGUAAGGAGAUAUUUCAUACCUCUUGGAGCUCCCUUAACAUGCUGGCUGGGUAAUUGUCACACUACAUGUGUCCUGGUAGUUGAGAGAAUAGGAACUGAACUGUCCUGGGGUAAGUCUGCUCUUGAUCUCAAACACUGGAUAUUAAUUAGCCCUCUGGUCCUGCCCAUCCUCAUGUCCUCCUGCAGCUUGUGGAGAGAUCUGUUGGCAGAUCAGAGAUGGAAGUUUGUUCUGCUUCCAAACCAUUUCUCUCUGAGGCAGGUAUGCAGAAGGGAUAUUCUAAUUUUAUCACAUUUAUGUUGUGUACUUGAAAGCUUUUUUUAAAUGUAUUUCCCACUAGAUUGUAACCCUGUGUAUUUAUGUACAUUAACAUGCAAACUGCUGUUUCAUAAGCUGGUCCUUCCUGAAAAGUAUUUUUUUCUACAGAAAUAAAAUGUUGUGUU